AUGACGAAAGACCGAAAUAUAGAAAGCGGUAUUAAUAAAGAAAAUGACAGAGAAGAUGAGAGUGCAGUAGGUCCAAAUAUAGAUAAUCAAGUUUUAGAAGCCAGUUCUUUCUCUAGUCGCGUUUUUAUACAUGACUAUCCAAAAAAUCCGAGAAUUGAAGCUCAAUAUAAAUCAAGGGGGCGGACAUAUAUUUCAUAUUAUAAUAUUAUUGCAUUAGGAACUUAUCCUAUAACACCAAAAUUAACUCAAAAACCAAACUGUAGUAAUGUACCCCAAUAUCCAAUACCUGACAACUAUAUAGUUGAAACAGAAAUUGCUGAAAGAGGGGUUAAAUGUGAAACGAAAUAUAUAUCCAAUUCAAAAAUAAAUUAUACAGUUACUUGGAAGGAAGGACGUGCUGAAUGGAGUGUUAAUA